AAGACACAAGUCUAAACUAAAGUAGUUGUUGGGGUUGGUACGAAGUACAUGUUUGGUGCGAUAAAUAGAGUGAUGGAAGAAAGUGAAAAGCUAAAAACUGAAGAGAAUGGAGAAUCAGAAGAAAUAACAUGGAGUUCGGGUGCUGGAACAGAUGGUCUCUCUCUUGACUGCUCCGUCCUCGAUCUCAAGGACUCAACCAACGCCGCCGCAAUUGCCGCCGAUCCUUCCUUUGAUGUCACUGGUAAUUCCAAAAAGUUUAAGAGAACUACAGCUACCUUUUGUAGAAGAGAAGAAAGAAUCAGAAGACAGACUAUGGAGUUGGGGUGCUGGAACAGAUGGUCAAUUAGGAACUGGUAGACUUCAAGAUGAACAUCUUCCUCGACUAUUGUCUCUCCCUUCUGUCUCUACACUUGCCUGCGGCGGCGCUCAUGUCAUCGCCUUAACCUCUGCUGGGAAGGUAUUGUCAUGGGGUAGGGGCAAUUCUGGUCAACUAGGUCAUGGAGAGAUUGUCAAUAGCAUGUUGUAUCCCAAGGCUGUAACAUCAUUGGACAACCACUUCAUAACCUAUGUCUCUGCUGGUUGGAGUCACUCGGGUUUUGUUUCAGAUAGUGGAAGCCUAUUCACUUGUGGGGAUGGCUCUUUUGGUCAACUUGGACAUGGAGAUUAUGGCUCUCACAGUUCCCCUGUUAAAGUGUCCUGCUUUGUUGAUCAGCAUGUUGCAGAGGUAGCAUGUGGAAUGCGACAUUCUCUUGUCUUGUUGAAAGGUUGUCUUUCAAGUCAAGUUUAUGGAUUCGGCUCUGGAAAGCGUGGUCAAUUGGGUUUCUCAAAAGAUAAAAUCAAAUUGAUUAAUCUUCCUAAAGUUGUUAGUGGAUUUGAAGAUGUUGAUAUAGUUGGAAUUGCUGCAAAUGGAGAUCACAGUGCUUCAUUAUCUGUUGAUGGGAAUCUUUACACCUGGGGAAGAGGCUUCAAGGGCUUUGAAGAUUCUCUCCUUCCACAAUGCUUAAACUCUACGUUGAAAUUCACUAAAGCCACUCUAGGGUGGAACCAUGCUUUAGCCAUGACUGGUGAUGGGGAGGCUUAUAUGCUUGGUGGCAACCACCUUGGAGUGCUUAGUGAUCUUCGCAAUGAAUGUCCAGCUAAGAAGUUAAAUGAUUCAAGAGAAGCCAACUUGGAGAAAGUCCCUGGCCUUGAUGGAGUAAAGAUUACUGACAUUGCUACUGGAGCUGAGCAUUCUGUUCUGGUCACAGAGAAUGGAGAAAUAAAGACAUGGGGUUGGGGUGAGCAUGGUCAGCUAGGGCUAGGGGAUGCUAAUGACCAAAUCAGUCCUGUUACUGUAAGUCUUGGUUAUGAUCUGAAUGAAGCGGCGUCAACCAGAGUUUAUUGCGGAAGUGGCUUCACAUUUGCUGUAACCAAGCCCUAAGUUCUCCUCAAACUGGUUCACACACUAGAGGGUGGCACUUUGGGAAGAGUGUUUUGCUUCUCAAUUGCUGCUCACUGCACUUGGAAACGAGAGUCAUCUGAUUUCUCAGGGUUGAGAUCUAGGAGUCAAGUGGAUAACUGAUAUGGUUAAUAGGGACACCUCUCCAUGAAAUAGAAAGCUUCAUUAUCAUACCUUAAAUGGCAUAUAAAAGACUUGUAUUUAUAAUAGCUUACACAAUAGCUCUUAUUACAAUCAAAACCAGAAUAACAGAGCUUAUUUUCUCACA